GGCAUGCAGAUUGACAGACAUCAACUCCUUCGUAUACGUAAGCUGUACACACACAGACGUACAUAUCCACGCAUACAUACAUCAUGAUGCAUCCAUCGGUUUGGGAAAGCCAUGCAGCUGUACAUGUCAUGUCAUGUAGUCACGACCACGCAUCAGCAGCAGUAAGGUGAGGAAAGUAAAAGGAGUCAGUCUUUCGACAACAAACGACUCGCAUCGCAUUAUCGAUCGCAUCCAUGACUCAUCUCUUCUUCUCCUUCUGCACAAGCCCCACAAGUAAGUCACAACCCACCCAAGACAAGAAAAGGAUAGAUCUGAUUCAGCCGAUCAGCUCAGCCGUCAUCUCCGACCACUGUGGACCCGCCUUGCGGCUCGCCCGAGAGCGAUGAGCUCGAUGAGGAGAAGAUGGAAAAUGCUCUGCAGCGGGAGAAGGUCAGCCCGCCGCACGAAAGACUGCCGAGCACAAAGCAGAUGCACUGCACGGCACCCACACGCGCACACAGUAGAGAGUGUCAAGGCGCAUGUCCAGUGGGUGGUGUGAAUGAGUGUGAGCGUCUUUGUUUAAUGGCUGACCGUGACGAUCAGUAGGAUAAAGAGGUAUGACUUGAAGCUCUGCCACCAGAGAGAGCGCUUCAUCGCACGACCGGCCAUGCGAAAACGGACACUCUGACAGACAGACAGACAGACAGACAGACAGCCACAAAUAAAGGUAAAGCCUCCCUCGAUCGGAUCCGCCAGCGUACGUUGCAUACCUCUCCCUUGAGGAGCUCAGUUUUCCCCAUGAGCGACUCGAUCUGCUCGCCACGCUCCAUCACACGCUCUACACACGCAUACAGGUGUCGUAGAUACACGCUCGCACGGUGCUUUGAGUGGUGAAUGCCUCCUUGGCUGGCUCCCGUACGUAUGUUGUCCUUCAUGAUGUCGGUCACGUCGUCCAGCUCCCUCUCCACCUUGUGGAUGCGAUUCAGACCGAAAUUCUGGUUGUAAUCGUCCUGACGCACACACGCGCGCACAAGCACAGCACAAGCCAAAAGAUCCAUUGCACCACUUCUGCAGAGCCAUAUGGUGUGCUGGCUUGGUGGUGAGCGGCUUGACCAUGAGCGACUUGACCAUUCUGGUCAGUUCCGCCGACUUGGACGCCCCUCCCAUCGCAGGCCGCUCAUACUCGCGACGAAACUUCUCGCGCAAGUCAUCCUGAACACACCACGCCGCUCAGGCAGGCGAAAGAAAAAGUCUGCUAUGGCGUGCCGUGUGUGUGUGUAUGGUAUGUGUUCGCAAAUUCGCUCACUAAAAACUGGAAGGGUACUUCCGAGCCCGCCUCGGCGCUCCCCACACACAUGUAGAUCAGCUCAUUGUCCACCAGCUGCCAGUGCGCCACACACACACACCCCAGACAGACAGACAGACAGACUCACGCCCGCCGUGCGCAUCCGCAUACAAAAGUGCUCGCAGACUGUGCUUACGUAGUUGAACGUUUUCGACUCGUACACAUACGUCCGGCGCCCUCUCGCCCGUGGCACCUUGCCCAGGACCUUCCUGCACCAACCAACAGCCAGCCAGCACAGCAUCCAUUCAGCUGGCGUGUUGCGCAUGUGUUUUCAUCUAUGUGAUUGUGAGUGCUUGUGCGUGAGUGCGUGUCAUUCUUCCUUCCUUCUCUGUGCGUGGCUUGAUCCAUGCAUGACGCAUGCGGCUCACCUCGACACGUCAAGGAGGUUGUCUACAAGGGCGGAAAACUCGCACAACACGAAGGUGCCCUUAGCCACAAGGGCAUGAGUAAUGUGCAUCGAACCUCUGCACCUUCCCCUUUUC